UCGUCCACCAAAAUCCCUUCCCCCGCUCUCCUCCCCUCUUCCUUCCAGCCGCCAUCCCCAACAAUGGCGGAAGACGGUCUCAACGACUACGAGCGCCUCCGCCAGGACAACAUCCGCCGCAACGAGGCAAAGCUCGUUCACCUCCGCCGCAAGGCCGACGAGCUCUCCGCCGCCAUCCAGCUCGCCAAACCUAAGCGAGCGUACCAGGUCAGGCCCCGGCCGGCCCCCUCCGGCCCCGUCCGCUCCUCCCUCCGCUCCCGCGGCAUCUCCCCGACCAACCUCCCCCCGGACCUCAAAAGCACCCGACUCUCGCCCUCGCUCGCUUCCUCCAUCCUCGGCGGGGCUCCCCCGCCGCCGCCGGAGGAGGAGGAGGCCAAGAUCCGUGAUUUCGAUGCCGGGAGGGACAUGGUGCUGAAGCCCGCGCACGUGAGGAAGGUGGUGCCCUGGAGCGUAACGUCGCUGAGGGUCCUCCCGCUCGUCGACCGGACCGUGGUGGCGGUGGGGGACAGGUUGGGGAACGUCGCCUUCUGGGACGUCGACGGCGUCUCGGAGGAUGCCGACGGCGCCGCGGAUGGGGUGGUGUUCCGUUACUGGCCACACAAGGGCCAUGUGUUGGCAAUCGUGGCGCACCAGGCGGCACCACACAAGGUUUACAGCUCUAGCCGUAAGGGUGAAAUUUGUCUUCUGGACUUUGAGGAGGAGAACUUCAGUAUAGUCCAUUUGUGGGAGUGGUCUGUUUAUUCGCUUUGUCAAGCACAAGAUAGUGUCAGAUGCCUAUAUUUUGGUGAUGGAAACGGUGGCCUGACACUUUCCGACGACCGCGUGGGUAAGGUGUUAACCACAUGGGAUGCACAUGACGACAGAAUCAACUCAAUAGAUUUCCAUCCGGAGAAAACACAUAUUCUUGCUACCAGUUCAAGCGAUGGAACAGCCUGUAUAUGGGAUGUGAGAAAUAUGAAAAUGAAGGAUCCAGAUAGCCUCAAGGUUUUCAAACUUGACAAAUCUGCUCAGGCAGCUUAUUUCUCACCUAAUGGCCGCUUGUUAGCAGUAACAAGCUCCAAGCAUUGUGGUACUGUCCAAGUAUUUAGCGUGGAUGACUUUGAAAAGUUGCAUGCUGUGGAGUAUAAUAACCAGACAGGCAGUUGGCCUUAUAAAUUCAAGGUAAUCUGGGGCUGGAACAGCACCGACCUAUAUGUUGGAAACAUGAGCAAGGGAAUAGAUAUUAUCAAAGUUGAUGUCAAUGACAGUGGCCUCUCGGCUCUAAAACUGAGCAACGCAUGUCUUCGGCGUGAACCCCUUACAUCCGUUCCAUACCAGUUAUCUCCACACCCAUAUAAAGUUGGCCAUCUUGCCUGUUCAAUCUCCAAUUGUAACAAGGUGUUCCUUUGGACCAGAGCUUAAAAUCAAAAAGAUGUCUAGUGGCUGACUGGUGAAUUUGUUCUUGGCUCUGUUAGAGCAUCUCCAGUAUGUUCAAUCGUUGGUAUAAAUGUCCACGUCAGCAACCAACAACACAUCAUACAAGCUUUUCAGUGGAUUGCAUGUUAAUCGUAUGUAAAAUAACUAAACGGGUUCACUAAAUGUUGAAGAAAUGGUCAUGCUUGCCUCGGAGCUUGUGCCUGAACCGUUGCUUCAAGUUCAUACGGUUUCA